CAAAAGAAUCCUCUCUCUACAGCGAUAGAAGGAGAGGCGGAAGAGAAAUCGAAGGAUAUCCGUGCGAUCCUAUCCGUCCAUCAUCUUCAUUAUCUGCAUCAUCAAUGGCGGAAGAUCUAGUGCUGGACACUGCGAUCAGAGACUGGGUCCUGAUCCCACUGUCCGUCGUGAUGGUCCUGAUCGGCGUCCUUCGCUACUUCGUCUCAAAGCUCAUGCGAUCUUUCCAACCGCCCGAUGCUAAAAUCGUCAAAGAAGGGCAAGUCAUUAUUCGCGCGAGGAACCUGCGAGCAGCUGCGAAUUUCAUCCCCGCUAAGUCAUUCCGUGCUCGCAGAGCGUAUUAUAGCAACGAGGAGAAUGGGUUGCUUCACGUUCCUAAGGGGCAGGCACAAAAUGCGCAAGCUCAAAUGUUUUCUGAUCCAAACAUGGCUAUGGACAUGAUGAAGAAGAACCUCUCAAUGAUCAUACCACAGACACUUACUUUUGCGUGGGUGAACUUCUUCUUCUCUGGUUUUGUUGCAGCCAAGAUACCCUUUCCGCUAACCCAGAGGUUCAGGUCAAUGUUACAGAACGGGAUUGACUUGAGCACCGUCGAUGUUAGCUAUGUCAGCAGUCGCUCAUGGUAUUUUCUGAAUCUGUUUGGAUUGAGGGGUCUAUUCAGUCUCAUUCUGGGAGAAGAAAAUGCCACAGAUGACACACAGCGGAUGAUGCAAAUGAGUGGGUUUGGAUUUGAUCCUUCAAAGAGCUUGAGUGCAGAGAAAGACAGUCUGGACAUAGUACAGCAUGAUUGGGCUCUACCGAGAUUCGAGCAGCGUGCUGAAGCCGUCUUGAGAAAGCUCGUCAAUUGAAAUCCGAGAUAUGGUACACUCGUGAGACAUUCUAUCUUUCCAUCAGGAAUUCCAUAUUGUACAGAACAAACGGAUAGCUACGAGGCAAUUUGUUUCAGUCCGCCGUUUGUUUUAUACACCAUGGCUCACCGGAGGAGUGAAGCAGUCUGACUUUUAGGCAAAAACAGUGCAUUUGAAAUGCAGUGGAUAAGAAAACCAUUUUUUGUUUUUGUAAUCUUCGAGCGAACCCGCAAUGAGUGAUGAUGUGGCAGGUUAAAUUAUCAAUCAGGUCUGUUCAUUUAUUUGGCUAGAAAAUUUAAAGGCACUUUUUUUUUUUCCUUACAAUAAUUAAACCUUUUAGAAAAUCCUAUCCAUCACAUUGCUUUUGAGCCUAAGUAUUUUUGUUUUCUAUCAUUAAUUUAAAAACUGUCUAUUCAUAUGGUUAGAAAUGUCCAUUAAGUGUGGUUUAUAUAUAUGAGGUCUCAAGUCUAAUCAGUUGAAUUAUAAUGUUAUGGUCCACCAGUGAAUUAUUUCCA